ACGUCGUCUAUAUAAAUACUAAAACCGCCUGCUGCGGAUCGUGGAGUCGGAGCUUUUGGGGAUUGGGAGCGAUGGAGAACCCAGCGGAGGAGGAGGCGGUGGGGGAAGGCUUCGACGGCGCGAGGGCGGCCGUGUUGGUGGCGGGACUGAGGCGGGGCUUCGCGUCCGGGAGGACGCGGAGCUACGAGUGGAGGGCGGCGCAGCUGAAGGGAAUCGUGAGGAUGAUCGAUGACAAGGAGGCGGAGAUCAUGGCCGCGCUCCACGACGACCUCGCCAAGCCCCAUAUGGAGUCUUACCUUCACGAGAUUUCACUGGCAAAAGCAGCAUGUACAUUUGCCCUAAAAGAAAUGAAACGCUGGAUGAAACCCGAAAAGGUGCCAACUUCUAUCACAACUUUUCCAUCAUCAGCGGAAAUUGUCUCAGAGCCCGUAGGUGUUGUGCUGGUCAUUUCAGCUUGGAACUAUCCAUUUUUGUUGUCUAUUGAUCCUGUAAUUGGCGCAAUUGCGGCUGGCAAUGCCGUUGCUCUGAAACCAUCAGAAGUUGCACCUGCCACAUCAUCCUUGUUCGCAACAAUUUUACCGAAAUACACAGAUAACUCUUGUGUAAAAGUAGUAGAGGGUUCAAUCCCUGAGACCACAGCACUUCUGGAGCAAAAGUGGGAUAAAAUAUUCUAUACAGGUAAUGGAAAAGUGGGCCGCAUUGUGAUGACUGCAGCUGCGAAACAUCUGACACCAGUAGCCUUGGAACUUGGAGGAAAAUGUCCUGUUCUUGUGGAUUCAAAUGUCAAUGUUAAAGUUGCGACAAAGAGAAUUGCUGUGGGCAAGUGGGGAUGCAAUAAUGGACAAGCAUGUGUUGCUCCAGACUAUAUUCUAACAACAAAAUCAUUUGCUCCAACACUGGUGGAUGCUAUGAAAAAAACUUUGGAGAAAUUCUACGGGAAGGAUCCAUUGGAAUCGCCUGAUUUGUCUCGCAUUGUAAAUGCUAAACAUUUCAGACGCUUGACAAGCCUUUUGGAUGAUGAGAGGGUUUCCGGCACAAUUGUAUAUGGAGGCCAGCAGGAUGAAAAGCACCUGAAGAUAGCCCCAACUCUCCUGUUAGAUGUUCCACAUGAUUCAUUAAUAAUGAAGGAGGAAAUAUUUGGCCCUUUACUUCCAAUCAUUACAUUUAACGAGGUGGAAGAUUGUUUGGAUUUUAUAAACUCAAAGGCAAAGCCUCUUGCAGCCUAUCUCUUCACCAAGGACAAGAGAUUAGAAGAGCGGUUCGUAAAAACUGUAUCUGCUGGUGGAAUGCUCAUCAAUGAUACCGCCUUGCAUCUUGCAAAUCCCCAUCUGCCAUUUGGUGGUGUAGGUGAGAGUGGAAUCGGGGCUUACCAUGGCAAAUUCUCAUUUGACUCAUUUAGUCACAAGAAAGCUGUCUUAUCUCGUGGAUUUGGUGGGGAAGCUCCUGCUAGAUACCCUCCAUAUACACCACAGAAGCAGAAAAUUCUUAGGGGAUUGAUCAACGGCAGCAUCAUAGCUCUUCUUCUUGCUAUACUUGGAUGGCCAAGGGGUUAAUCCUUUAGUGGGACAACGUAUCAAAUCAGUCAUAUUGCUGCAUAUGACUGAUCACAAUAAUAUUGCAUAUCAGUCAUAUUGCAUAUGAUUAAUCCUUUAGUGGGACGACGUAUCAUAUCCUUUAGUGGUCCUUCGAAGAUCACAAUAAUAUUGCAUAUCAGAUUCUUAUGAGGUCUAAAGCUUGUGACUCUGUAUUCCUUCCAAAAAUAAAUUUACAAGGUUAUUAUGCA